UAAGAAAAAAAAUCCAAUCUCUUUGAAUAUACGUUUCUAGAUUAUCUCAACUUUGCCAAAUCAAAUGUGAGAUUUGCUGUUUUCUUACUCGAUUCAAAAAACGAACACACCGUCCACUCUGUUUCUCUCUCCAAAUAUACACACACACGCGAAAUCUGUGCCUUUUCUAUCUCUACAAUUAGAUUGGAUCUCACAAUCUCUCCAAAUCACAUAUACGUACAUACAUCAAUAUAUACAUACAAAUAUCGCCGUCAUCAUAACCGCCGCAACAUACUCACAGAUCCGCCGGAAUCAAUGAGGAAUGAGGAGAUUGAGAGCUCCGACGACAACGAACUGCCGUCGUCGGCGCCACGUAUCGGCCGGAAAUACGAUCCCGUCGUUGCGCAUGAUCACGAUCCUGUUGUUCUCGAGAUGGCGUCAUUCGAUCGCGGAUCUUCGUCUAAUAACAACAUAAAAACAGCCAUUCAGCCAAACAAGCCUGCAGGUGCAAGAGACGACUCGGACCCACAUGAUAAAGAAGUCAAUGGUGAACACACAGAAUCCAAAUUGGAAUUAUUUGGCUUUGAUUCUCUUGUUAACAUUCUUGGUCUCAAAAGUAUGACUGGAGAGCCGAUUCCUGUACCUUCAAGUCCUAGAGGUCGUGAAGAUGGUUCUGCUGCACAACAUCCAACGAUGCAGACUAGCGGUGUUGUGAAAUCAGGGACGAUGAUGGGAGUCUUUAUCCCAUGCUUGCAGAACAUAUUGGGGAUUAUCUAUUACAUUAGGUUUUCAUGGAUUGUUGGCAUGGCGGGCAUAGGGGGGUCUCUAGCAGUAGUAGCCUUAUGUGGCUUGUGUACUUUUUUGACUUCAGUAUCAUUGAGUGCUAUUGCAACUAAUGGUGCAAUGAAGGGUGGGGGACCUUAUUAUCUCAUUGGGCGUGCUUUGGGUCCUGAAGUUGGAGUCAGCAUAGGGCUUUGUUUCUUUCUUGGCAAUGCAGUUGCUGGAUCUAUGUAUGUCUUGGGAGCAGUGGAGACAUUUUUGAAUGCCGUUCCAAAGGCUGGACUUUUUAGAGAAACCAUCACGCAAGUGAACGGCACAGCAGUUGCAGAACCUAUAACAACUCCAAGUUUACACGACCUACAAGUCUACGGGAUUAUUGUUACUAUAAUUUUGGUUUUUAUAGUUUUCGGAGGCGUUAAAAUGAUUAACAAAGUCGCACCAGCCUUUCUUAUACCUGUUUUAUUUUCGCUUCUCUGCAUAUUCAUUGGAAUAUUUGCAGCAAGGAAGGACAAUCCAGCAGUUGGAGUUACGGGCCUGAGUUUGAAAUCUUUUAAAGACAAUUGGGGUUCUGCUUAUCAGACGACAAACAAUGCUGGGAUACCUGAUCCUAAUGGAGAGAUAUACUGGCAUUUCAAUGCAUUAGUAGGUCUUUUCUUCCCUGCUGUAACCGGAAUUAUGGCUGGUUCAAAUCGUUCUUCCUCAUUAAAAGACACUCAACGUUCUAUUCCUAUUGGCACAUUGGCUGCAACACUAACAACUACCGCCAUGUACUUUAUUUCUGUGUUCCUUUUUGGAUCUGUAGCUACCAGGGAGAAACUUUUUACCGACAGAUUACUGACAGCAACUAUUGCGUGGCCAUCUUCCGCAAUCAUAUACAUAGGAAUCAUUCUUUCAACUUUGGGUGCUGCUCUACAAAGUUUAACGGGGGCCCCACGUCUGUUAGCAGCAAUAGCCAAUGAUGACAUUCUACCUGUCCUUAAUUACUUCAAGGUUGUAGAUGGUGGUGAACCACAUAUUGCAACACUCUUCACAGCGUUCCUCUGUAUUGCGUGUGUUGUAAUUGGGAAUCUUGAUCUUAUCUCCCCAACCAUAACUAUGUUCUAUCUUUUGUGUUACGCGGGUGUCAACUUGUCUUGCUUUCUUCUCGAUCUCUUAGAUGCACCUAGCUGGCGUCCUCGUUGGAAGUUUCAUCAUUGGAGUCUUUCUCUUCUUGGAGCAUCUCUUUGUAUUGUAAUCAUGUUUUUGAUAUCUUGGUCAUUUACCGUGGUGUCCCUUGCUCUUGCUAGCCUCAUAUAUUAUUAUGUGAGUAUCAAGGGAAAAGCCGGGGACUGGGGAGACGGUUUCAAAAGUGCGUAUUUUCAACUAGCUCUUCGCAGUCUUCGCUCUUUGGGAGCAAGCAAUGUUCAUCCAAAGAACUGGUACCCGAUCCCGUUAAUUUUCUGCCGACCAUGGGGAAAACUACCCGAAAACGUGCCAUGUCAUCCAAAACUUGCUGAUUUCGCAAACUGUAUGAAGAAAAAGGGUCGGGGUAUGUCAAUCUUCGUAGACAUAUUAGACGGUGAUUAUCAAGAAUGUGCCGAAGAUGCCAAAACCGCUUGCAAAAAUCUCGCCACCUACAUCGAAUACAAACGUUGCGAAGGUGUCGCUGAAAUAGUAGUGGCCCCCACCAUGUCAGACGGUUUCCGAGGCAUUGUCCAAACAAUGGGCCUCGGGAAUCUAAAGCCGAAUAUUGUCGUGUUACGUUACCCCGAGAUUUGGCGGAGGGAAAACCUAACCGAAAUUCCGUCCACUUUCGUCGGGAUUAUUAACGACUGUAUUGUCGCUAAUAAAGCGGUUGUUAUAGUAAAAGGACUUGAUGAAUGGCCGAAUGAGUAUCAGCGACAGUACGGUACAAUCGAUCUGUAUUGGAUCGUUCGAGACGGUGGUUUAAUGUUGCUUUUGUCUCAACUUCUUCUAACGAAAGAAAUGUUCGAAAGUUGCAAGAUUCAAGUUUUUUGUAUCGCCGAAGAGGAUUCGGAUGCCGAAGAGCUUAAAGCCGACGUGAGAAAGUUUCUAUAUGAUCUUAGAAUGCAAGCCGAAGUUUUCGUUAUUUCAAUGAAGACAUGGGACCAUACUGGCGGCAACAGUGGCGGCGGGUCAAACACGCAAGAUGAUUCGGUGGAGGCGUUUACUGCCGCCCAAAAGCGGAUAAAGAAUUACUUGGCGGAGAUGAAGGAUCGAGCGGAACAGGAGGGGAAACCACUAAUGGCGGAUGGGAAGGAUGUGGUGGUGAACGAGCAACAAGUGGAGAAAUUCUUGUAUACGACACUUAAGUUGAACUCAACGAUUAUGAACUACUCGAGAAUGGCAGCAGUGGUGUUGGUCAGCCUGCCGCCACCACCGGUCAACCACCCGUCGUAUUUCUACAUGGAGUAUAUGGAUUUGUUGGUGGAGAAUAUUCCGAGGCUUUUGAUUGUUCGAGGCUACCGGAAAGAUGUUGUCACUUUGUUCACGUAGCGGAUGAACCGAAAACGUUUUUAUUUUUAUUUUUAUUUUUGGGUUCUAUCUAUAUAGCGUGGAAGAUAACGUUUUGUAGAUUAAACGUUAGAUUCAUUCUUUGUACCACACAAUUCAGUUUUGUUCUGUUAAAACUAUGCUUCUUCAAUCUUGAAGCAUUCUGGGGUAAGCUUCGUUCAAUGUCUACCAGGCUGAACUUUUGGGUU